AUGGCACCAGGCGGUGGAAUGGCCCCAAACUGGGGGAAUCGAGUUAAUAGUACCAGUCCGAGUACCAUACUGGAGGACUACCAUGAACUGGUUGGUACUGUGGCAAAAGUUAUUACCUCAACAUUAUCUACUCAGGAAGGCUUUGGCAGUACGGGUUAUGACAGUGGUACCAACUUGCCAAGUGGUACCAAUUUGCAAACUGGUACCGGUUUUGAUGCUGGUACCGAUUUUGGCACUGGUGCAAAAAAUGGUCUUAAUAUACCGACUUUUGGCUUUACUACACCAGGUUAUGGUACAGACAACUUUGGUACUAUUGAUACACAAGCUUUUGACUUAUCUACUCCUGGUUUCGAAUUUACCACGCCCGGACCACCGGUGGUCGAACGCACUGCCGCAAUGUUUGUCUAUGCAUUGUUUUUGGUGUUGAUACCUACUGCCACUAUUCUGGGCAAUGUUCUGGUCAUUUUGAGUGUUCUCAGGUUCAAAGCUCUACAUUCUGCCAUCAACUUCCUGAUCUUGGGUCUGGCUGUGGCCGAUCUGUUUGUGGCUGUUUUUGUUAUGCCAUACGCCGUUUAUGUCUAUGUAAGUGUCAUUUUCCAAAUUUAAAAAAAAAUUUUUUAUUUUUGUACCGUACCUACUCUACCUUACCCUACCCUAUCCUACCAUACCCUAUAAAACAAUUUUUUAGAUCCAAGGUGGUAACUGGUUCCUGGGCAACUUGAUGUGUGAUAUCUACAGUGCUUGUGAUGUAGCCUGCAGUACAGCAUCGAUUUUCCUUCUCGCUGUGAUUAGUUUUGAUCGAUAUCGAGCUGUCAGUAAGCCUAUCCAAUACUCAAGACAAUCUCAAAACAUUCGGAGAGUUGUGCUCAUAUUGGUCAUGAUAUGGGUGGCAUCGUUGGCUUUGGCUAGUCCAAUUGUUCUUGGUAAGUUGGUUGCUAUAGGUUAUUUUAGUCAGCGGGUUGAACUGAAAUUUUAGGCUUGAAUAUAAGGUUUUAGGAUUGGAAAUAAAAGUUUAGGCUUAGAUAUGAAAUUUUAGGCUGAAAAUAAAGUUUUAGGCUUAAAUAUGAAGUUUUAGGCUUAAAAAGAAAGUUUAGGCGUAAGAAUGAAAUUUUAGGCUUAAAAAUAAACUUGAGGUUUAAAAAUGAACUUUAGCUUAAAAAGAAAUUUUAGGCUUAAAAAUGAGAUUUAGACUUAAGAAUAUUAGGCUUAAAUAUAACCUUUAAUCUCAAAUUUUUUAAUUAUUAUUAUUAUUAUUUUAGGACUAAACCACCGGCCAGAAGACGCCUCCCCCUACGAAUGUCGUUUCUACAACGCCGAGUUCACUUUGGUCUCAUCAAUAGUGUCAUUCGUAAUUCCUUGUUUUAUUGUUUUAUUUGUUUACAUUCGAAUUAUGAUGGCAUUACGAAAGCGGGAAAAGGCGGCCAAAUUACGACGACUGGCUAAUCAACAACAAGAUCAGUAAGUUCAACAUGUUUUUUGUUAAAAUUUUAAAGUUUGAGCUGAAAAUUAAGGAAAAAUGGUUGUUUUGUUAUCUAAAACUAUGGAAAAAUGGACUUUUGUUACCUAAAAAUAAGGAAAAGGGUUGUUUUGUUACCUAAAAGUAAGAAACCCAAAGAUUUUUUGAUAGUUUGUUACCUAAAAAUUAAUUUCUAUCAAAUUCCCUUUGGGCACUUAAACUUAAAAGGGGCCCAGUAGCCCCAUUUCAAGCCUAGCUCACUGCCGUUUUUGAUAUUAUCUUUAUUUGAAAGUUAAUGCCAUUUUCAAUGUUACAUUACCUUCUUUCAGCAAACGAGACGGGUCCCUGGACGAAGUAGAUGCUGGGCAAAUUGUGGCUGCGCCAGGUAGGCCAAACUGUCCACGUUUUUUUUAAUCAUUUUUUUUCUCCUCUUGUUCGAACAGUUUUUGAAAAUUUGAAGACCGUUUUGAUUGUCUGAAGUGUCUUUUGAUUGUUUUUUUCAUUUUAUGUCACUACAAUGGCACUGUGAUCAUUAGUAGCACGUUUAGAGAAAAAAUCAUUUUUAUGGCAAAAAACGCGAUUUUCUAGGCUUUUUGUGUUAGCAAAAUGAUUUAAUUGUAUUUUGCUUUCAUUUCAAUAUUUUUUUUUAAAUUUCAUAUUUAUAAAGGUUUAAAAAUGGCAGUUACUUGCCGCGCGUCAAAAAGAAUUAGGCGAUUUCGCUAUAUAGCGUAAUCGAAAAGAGGCCAAUUCUUUCUGACGCGCUUUUUGAAUUUAUGUUUUUAUUAGUCAAUAACUAUAAAAAUAAUUUAAACAAUAUUAAUUUGUAUUUUCAAACUGAAAAACAGAUUUUUUUCAAAAUUUUUCAAAAAAUUUCGAAAUUUUUUAAAAAAUUUUGAAAUUUCAAAAAUUUUUAAAAACGACUUUUCCAAUUAAAAAACUAAACACAACGUUAUACUAACAUCACGUCGCCAUUGUUGUCCAUUAUUUUUUCGUUUUUUAAUUGCCGUGUUUUACACGUUUUUCUGCACCAUUUUGAUUGAAGUAAGACCGUUUUAUUGAUAGCUUUUUACCCACAAACACCUAUUUCUGCACCGUUUUUUGCAUGUUCUAUUGGUAUUUAGGUAACAAAUUGUGAUUUUUUUGAUAUUUAGGUAACAAAAUAUUUGUUAAGAUAGAAAUUGCAGUGAUAAGACAUUAGCUUAUGCAGUGCGCUCAAUCUUGAGAAAUUUCCAAGGCUUUGCAGUAAUUUAGUUAAAAACGGUAAUUUAGGUACAAUUUUUUAAAAAUCUUGUCUUAUUAAGCCUAAAACAUUUUACAAACUUAAUCACAAGCUUUAAAUUUUAUAGACAAUGCUUUAGCUUUAUUAUCCUUAUAUACACAAACUUGUAGUCUAUGUCAAACUAACCCAAGUUAUCCACCUUGAGCCAAUGCCAGAUAUCAAUAUAGUCUCACUACUCAUAACAUCCAUUAGGUUGUUCAAAUAGUCGUGGCUUCCUCUUAAAGUCAUUUUUAACGUCAAGGGGCACAUAAUUAUUUGAACAACUUAAUGUUAAAGCUAUGAUCUCACCACUCCUAACCCCAUUAUAUCUAUAGUCUCGGCACAAUAAACGUUUUUCUAGCGGUGAACGUGUUGAUGUUGGCCCUACCAUCGAUGCAACAGCGGAUGCGUCGCUUCGAACGUCAUCGGAAUGCGCUACAACAAGCAGGCGAGUUGUUCAAGGUUCAGGCCUGGAUGCGGCCAAUGGGGCGUCGGCAUAAAAAAGGCGAUCUGCGUCAUGCCGACGCGCCGUCGGUUGAUAUAGCUAGUCGGGCCGAGCCGCCCACUUUGUCUCUUCCGGCCCAAGUCCCAGUUAAAAAGUUGUCUAAUCGCGCGAUGGUACCGGCACGCGUUGGCUCCAAUCGCGCGCCCAAUUUGUCCAGCCAAAGUGCGCUGAUGCAGAUGGCGGAGAUGUCGACGAAUGCGGUGGGUGUAGCGACAUUGGAUCCGGAGGCUGCGAGUCAACAACACUCGAUUCGAAGGUGUAGAUUUGCUGAAGAACAAAGUGUUAAAGAGUACGAGGUCGAGGAUGCGUAUGAGCAUGAAGAGAACGAAGAAGAGGAAACGGAUGAGGAUGAAGAUACAGAAUCCGACGAUUCAAGUGAAGAGUUUCAUGCUUCCGCCAAGAACUUGUUUGCUCGUGUCGGUUGUGGUGUUGCCAACAUGUCUCGGUUGACAGAUGCAGCGAUUAGUGUGAUUGGAGCACGUCCACGUCUAUCACUGGCUGAGCCUACACUUCGGAAACUGUUACCUCCAUCCAAGCGACCGGCUAAUAUACCGGACACUCCCAACCGAAGAAAGUCUGGUAUACCACAAUUGGAAACUGUUGAAGUGUGUAGCCCGCAGACGUUAGGUUUAGCUUCUUUGAUGCCUCUGUUGGCUACAGGCUCUCUUCGACGAUGUAGCGACUCAGUUUCACAAAUGAGGACGAAUUCUUGUCGGAUGGCUAGCAAUCAGUCUUUAAGCCCAAACGCCUUUGAUGUGAAGAAACAUUCAUUAAGGCCGUCUAGUGCAAAUAUGAUGGGUCAGACAUUUGGUUCUCCGAUGACACCACGUGCUACGCCUACAACAAGCUUCACAUCUCCUGAAGGGUCGUGUAAUGAACUGACUGAUCGACCUUGUGUUGUUGAUGAACAUGUGGUUGAUCAUGAGAAUUUUCAUUUGUCUAGUAAUCAGGAAAAAAGUCCAGAGUAUUUGUGCUCUGACUAUGUGCCUUUACAGGAUUAUGAAGAGGAAUCAACCGAUGUGACUGAGGUUUCAAAGGGUGAGGAAGGAGAAGCAAAGAGUGAGAAAGGUGAAGCUACGGCUAAGGAAGGUGAUGCAAAGCAACAAGCUUUUAUUAAAGAGUCUACAGACCUAGUACAUUAUAGUCAAUCCAGUCCAUUAGAUGAAACACAACAUGGGGAAAGCAUAUCAGCUAACUCCUUACUAAAAGACGCUCCAGAAGGUGAAGCACACAAGCUAGAAGCUACUGUGAUGAAGGCUAACACUACUUUGGAAACGGCAAUGGAAGGCAUGACUGCUUCAGAAACUGCCCAACUGGAAGAUGAAAUAAUGCGUUCAUUCACCGACCCGAGGGUUAAACGACAUAUCGAUGAUGAUAAGAAGAAUAGUGUUAGUAGUCAGUCCAAUCAACUCUACUUUUCAACUCCACAAACUCCAGUUGAUACAAAGAAGUCUAGUCAGAGAACUGAUAGAGUGUCUGAUGAGGGGGAGAGACUUGGAGAUGGCAACGAGCAUAGUCAAGUAAGGACAAUGACAAAGAAAAAUGAUGACAAAAAGGAUGAUGAUGAGAUGGAUCAUGAUUGUGAUGGUAAAGCAAAAGGUAUGGCUGUGAAAGCGGAAACUAGAGUUGAUAAGGCUAAGACUUCACUGAGUUCCUCCGAAGGUAUCAACAGCAGCAAUAAUGCCCCAGUAAAAAGGCUCCACACGGAAGCAAUACACGGUCAAGAUCAACAAGCAAUUAACCCUGACGAUGCAUCAACAACAGCUGUCAAAAACACACGUAGUAUGUCAAAUGAGAUCCUCAUGAGCUAUCAACAACCCUCUUACACUAUGUCCCACUCCACAUCCAAAGAUCCCCCAACCUCGGAAACCCACUCCGACUACGAAUCCGACCGUAAAGAGAUAAUCGACGAAGAAACCGGCCUGAAGAUAAGUGCCCGUUCCGCUCAAAAGCACCGUGAAGAGAUCUGGGAAGCGCGGAUGAAGUUCUUCCAGACCGGUCCUCAACCCGUACUCAGCUCGCGAAGCCCAUUGAUGCUGAGGCGUUUUGUGUGUGAUCCAAUCAACGAUCCGGAGAAUAAAACACUACAAACGAUUGAACAGUUACCACCGUUCCGCGGCUCGGUGAAACGUCGUUCCAAACGACGUUACAAACGUAUGUCCCGGCUUCAUCGGCGUCUCGUAUCAUUCGUCAUUUAACUGCCAACUGUAGCCUGUGCAUAACAUGAGUAUUGUAUUGAGGGUGCGUUUGUGGACUGUGUACUGGGAAGGGGGUUUAUGGUGGGGGGGGGGGGGAAUUAUAGAAGAUAUGUGAUGCUUACAUAACGUUACAGUAGGGAUUUUUUGGGUAUGAGCUGUUUAUGGUAGGGGGUGUUUAGUUAUUAGAUUACGAGUAGAGCGUUUUUCUUUAUGAUAAGGGUGUUUUCAAAUGAGGAAGUACAUUAGGGGGGGGUGUUUAUGGUGAGAUUUAGCUCUACGAAUGUUUCGGAUAGUAAAAGGCUUAGCGGUUGUUAUGACAAGUAUUUUUCGAUAACUAAGUGUUUAAGAGGUUUUAGAGGUGGUGUUAUAAAAAAAUGGUCACAUUGACCCCCCCCCCUUCCCUUCCACACUCAAAAAUAGUUUUCCCUCCCUUUUUCCCCUUCUAUCCCCCCCCCCUUCUUUCUCGCUUCAAACUACAAGAUAACAGAACAUUUUAAGCCCGUUUAAGCCUCCUUCCAUUCAAAACAACAUGUACACGGUACACAAACGCUCUUCUUAUCGUAUAAGCUUAACAGAAAAAACCAAAAACAAUCCUAAGUUGUCGCUAUUCUUAUGAAUCGUUGUCGCUUAACGCCUCAAUAAAUCAAUGUUACUAAAACUGCGAAUAAGCUUAACCUACAUAUAAAGCACAUUGUGUAACGUGAACUACAUUUUAAGCACAUUGUGUAACGUGAAAGUCAGUUUGUGUUUUGUCGUACUAAUUUCAAAAAAUGAAGCACAAAUUCAAUAAGUUUGCUUGAAGGGGUUGUACAGUAUGUUAAUGUGAGAUUACGAUGUGUCAAGGCUAUACGGUACGAUUAAGGCAUAACGUAAAGAGUUGUGGCUAAAGCAUACUGUCAAGAGAUAAGGAUGAUGGUAAAGCAAAAGUUAAAGAUGGUGAUCCAGAAAGACGUUCAAGAACAACGGUACUAGAAUUGUAUGGCUUUGUUUACGUAAAGGCUACCACGCAUAUAAACGCAAAACUACAGUACUCUUCAUACUAAAGUUUUUUGCUUUAAAUCUACAGUAGUGCCUUGUAUGAUAAUGAAAUCCCAAUCUACAGUAACCCUUGUAUUAAAAAUCAUGCUUUGGGACUACAACUUGUAGUAACAUACAGUGCUUCAACAUACCGAUUGUAGUACUACGUAUCAACUUUACAGUAAUUCGUCCAACUAUAUAAGCGAAGCUUCAAUGCUACAGUAGCCCGUCGUAUUUGAAUGGUUUGCUUGUUGUUUUUAACCCUGAUUUUGCUCGUUUGUUCCCCCUAUGUUGCGGUUUGGCGUGAUUAUCACUCACACAACUAACACACUGUGGCCAGAUGUAAUUGCGAUGUAGUGUAGUUAUAUGAAAGUUUUUUUGAUUUUAAUACAAAAGUUUUAGAUGAUCAUGACGCGAAUUCAUCAAGCCCAAUCAGCUCGAGUGAUUCAUUGUCAGACAACCUUCAUGUUGUCACCAACGACUUUGUUUCCGAGGCUCCUACUUCUAUGUCACGGUAGGCUGUUAUGCUUUUUGUAGGGCAGGGUAGGAUAAAGUAGGAUACAGUACAGUACUGUACAGUACGGUAGGGUAAUUUACAGCAAUGUAUGAAAAGGUAUGAUGAUAUUAGAGUAGGGCAUGUUAGGGUAAUUUUUAAUGAUAUUGAUAAAAAAAUUUUCAGUAAGUCAAGUGAAUACGAUUCUCAACAAACCAACGGUACUAACAAUCCCACACAAACAUAUCAUAGUCGUAACCGACGCUUGUCUAGGGAAUCUUCUUUGCUCAGGUAGGCUUUAAAAAUGAACAUAAGGCUUAAGUAAAGUACUCUCUCCAUAUAAGUAAUCUCCAUGAAUCGGCUUUUUGUGUAUAUAUAAAAUUUCUAUGUACCGUAAGCUCUAAUUAUCAUCCAUUUUAUUUCCAUGACUUAUUAAAAUUCAAAAACUAUUCAUUUGAAACUCUUUUGAGUACCAUAUCACUCCUAAACAUCCAUUUUCCUUUCAGAAACCCAAUGAAACGCUUCAAAAGUCUCCACGUUUCACCGCGCAACAUUGCCCUGCCCAACAUGGACAUUGCCCGACCAGGUGACAUCUGGAGACACUUUUCUCGUCGAUCACCCAGAAUCUUUGGUCCACCAACCAUACCCAGUCCGAAACUCCAAAAGAAGUAUUCGUAUGCAGAAGAGGCGGUCUUCACCACAACAACUCCAUUGUUAGACGCGAAUCGACGCAAAAGUGACAGUUCUGCCUUUGCCACGACUCCACCUAAUGAGUUACAACUUAAAGAUGGCAUUGAUACAUGGCCAGUUGAUAGUGAUAUGCAGCAAGAACGAAAUGACAUUCAACAACUAAUCACUGAGAUCAAUACGCAUUCAAAUCAGAAGCUGAAUUUGAUGGGGAAUGAGAUGAGAAUGAAGAGUUUUGAGAAUGAUAAGAUCAAUGCUAAGGAUGGCAGAAAUAUGGCUCAAAAUGAAGUAAAAAUGGCCCAAAAUGAAAUGAAAAUGGCCCAAAAUGAAAUGAAAAUGAACAUAUUAGAAAAUGAAAGAAAGAUCAGUAUGAUUGACAAUGAAAUGUCUCCAAAAUCGCCCAGUCGAAGGUUUGAAGGCGCCUUAACAUCGGCCGUCUUGGGCGAAGAGAUGGACUAUGUUGAUGUAGAUUCAAUGCACGGAAGCCAAACCGCAAAACAAACGAUUAUCAUCUAUUCCGAAGAAAAUACCUCAUCCGUUACGGACCUCAGGUAAAAAUGGUUUUCAAUUUUUUGACAUUUUUGGCGGGAAAUUCAAAAAUGUUUUGAAAAAAAGUGAAUUAUUGCUCAAAAUGUUAAAUUGGUCAUAACUUUUUUAAACAAAUAGGUAACAAAGCAAAAACUAGACAUUAUAUAGACCAUUAUCUUGGCUAUAAUAUCCAAAAAAUAAAUUUAAAAAUUUUUAAAAACGUUAAAGUUACAGUAACUUUACUGUACCCACUUUCAGAGAUGAAAAGUCUCCAAAACCGACGGAAGAAGAAGCCUUAAACCUGCAGACCUCGCUGAAUAUUAUGACCGUGUCUAGUGAUGAUCACAGCGUGACCAAUGAAGCCACAAUUGCCACGGAUUCUGGAUUUGGUCCCGACUCCAAAGAACAUAAUGAGAUUGUCAUUACGAAUCUUUGUGCCAAGGAGACCAGUGAUACGCCGAGGAAGAUCUCCAAGGGAAGGAGAUGUGAUGAUGUAAGUUUGGGUUUUAGAGUAGUAAUAGAUAGAAAAUAAAAUAAAAAACAUAGACUUUUUGACCGUAUUGUAAAAUUCUGUAAUUUUUUCAAUUUUAAAAUUAAAAAUUUUAAAAUUUUCAAAAAAAAAAAUUUUUAAAUUUCCAAAACUUUUAGACCUUUUGCCCAAAAUUAAAAUUUUCUAAGAACUUAUUGACCAAAAUACAAAAUUUUACAUUUUCAGGCCGGUUCCCCAACUGUAACCUUUAAAAUCCCUGGUAAAAAGCACGAUAAACAUCGACCAGACAGGCCCAUCAAGCGACUCUCCUCAGCCGCUCAAAUCUAUGAGAACAAACGUGCUGUGGACAAAAAUGGAGUUACAGGUAGGGUAAUUUUAAUUGUUUUUAUUAAUUUUAUUAUUAUUUUUAUAUUUUUAAAAUUUAUAAUGAAAAAAAAAAUUUUUUUGAAUUUUUGAUACAAAAUCGGAAAUUAGAUAACUACGGUAAAGUUACUGUAACUUUUGCAUUUUUUAUAAUUUGAAAAAGGUUUAAAAAUGGCUAGUUGAGAAAGGUUAUUACCUAAAUUCACUAAAAAUUUCAAGUUUCUACCGACUUUUUAAAAAAAGUUACAAAGAAAAGAAAACAAAAGACUCAUACCUACUACAACAUCAAGUAUUGAACAAAAAACAAUUAAAUUUAUAUACUAUUUUCCCCAAACUAAUUUCGAAUACUCAAGAACCUCAUUUCAGACCCAAAUGACCCAAAACACAAGCGCAGCUUCUCUCAGCGUCUGCGUGGUUCACUUGGUGCUGUGGUAGGACCAACCAACUCGAGGUCAGAACACUCCAUGGAUAGUUGUUACUCCUCGGGUCAGUCACAAGGUACCAAUACGACAGUUGGUGCUGGGAACUCAAGUGGUUCGAAAGACUCGAAAAAAGGUCGAAUUUUAUCGAAUUCGAAGAUUAAUGGCAGUACAACUGAGCUGGCAGUUCGUAUGGUAAAGAAGGCUAUCAAUCGAAAGGAGUCGAGCUUGAAAAGAAAGGUGAACAAGGCUCAACGGAAAGAGAAACGGGCUACUAAAACAUUGGGGAUUGUCGUUGGUGAGUUUUUUGAAUACUUUAGGGCUUAACGUAGACCUGUGAUGGCUCUACCUGAUCCUAACCUAACGUAAUGUACCGUACUCUAUCCUAUCCUAACCUACCGUAUCAUACCUUACUGUACCCUAACUUUUAAUACCCUACCUUAUCUUAACCUACCAUUAUACAUCUUAUUAUACCAAAACCCAACUUCAGGUAUCUUCCUGGUGUGCUGGGUCCCCUUCUUCUUCAUCAACAUCCUCACCGGCAUCUGCACGAAACUGGACAUAGAAGCGUGCCAAAUUGGGUUUGGCCCCUUCUUCUACGCCACCUGGAUCGGCUACAUGAACUCGUUCAUGAAUCCGGUCAUCUACACUAUCUUCAACACCGAAUUCCGUCGCGCCUUCAAGUCGUUGUUGUUGGGUAAAAGCACGAAUCGCCGGAAUCGCGGGCACCCGGUGUGA